UCCUCUCUUCUCCUGGAUCGAUCGCCACUGUAUCAUCUCCUACCCGAACCUUCCUUCCUUCCUUCCUUCCAUGUCCAUUUCUUUCUUUAACUCUGUCCACCUUUAAUCAAUCAAUUCAUUCAUUCCUCUUUAAUUUAAUUUCUUCAGCUUAAUUCCAUCUCAUCCAUCCAUCCAAUUUCUAGAGAGCAGCUUCCUUCAAGCUUCCUCCACCUUCAUUUAUUUAUUUCUUUAUUUACUAUUAAUCUCACCUCCUUUCCUUCUUCUUCUUCUUCCUCUUCUCUCCUCCCUCGAAACCCUACUUUUAUUUUUCUGCUGCAGCUGCUUCAGAUCCAUCCAUCAAUGUUUCAUGAUCCACCACCACUUUUCGUUUUUUGAAUUGAGAUCCAAUCCUAUCCCAUCCGAUCCAUCGUCGUUGUUAUGGACCAGUUGCUCAGACUACCGCUGCUGAUCUUAUUUUAGAUUUUAUCUCAUCAGAUCAGAUCAGAUCAUUAUCCAUCCACUUAGCUACCUAGCUACCCAGCUGUUUCCAUUUUUCAUGCAACUUUUUAUGGGCUUGCUUUGCUUGCUACUCUAAUUAACUAAUAUUUUAUUAUUUCUAUAUACAUAUAUAUAUAUAUAUAUAUUAUUCCUUUCCUUUCCUUCCCAAUUCUCAUACUCAGAUUUUCCUCUCCGUGGCUAUGGAGUCUGCCAAUAGUGGGAGCACUACUGUCAGAGAUCAUGAUACCCAUAACCACGAUUUUCCAGAUUCCAUCUCACCCACUCAUCAUCAGCAGCAGCAGCAGCUUCAGUUUCUUCUUUCUCCUCAUCAUCACCAAAACCCCAAUUUCUUCGACAACAAUAAUCUUCACACCAGUAUUCCCAAUACCAACCACAAUAGCAGUAACACUAAUCAUCAUCUCCUUUGGAAUAAUAAUAAUAAUAACAGUAGAUCUGUGGGACGAUCCGACGCCAAUUUUCCCUACUUCGGAACCCUAAUGUCUCCUCCUCCACCGCCGCCGCCGACUGCACCCGAUCCGACGGCUACACUGCAGGCCACGUUCCCCGCCCCGUCUUCCUCCAUAGAUCAUUCCCAACGCCCGUCGCCGAACGCCGCCGUAAAAAAUCCGAAGAAGCGGACACGCGCCUCCCGCCGGGCGCCGACCACCGUCCUGACCACCGACGUCACCAAUUUCAGGCAAAUGGUGCAGGAGUUCACCGGAAUCCCCGCCUCCCCAUUCUCCGCAGCCUCCCCUUAUUCUAGAAGCUUCGAUCUGUUCUCCAACCCCUCAGCGGCGGCGCUGCGGACCGGAGGCGGAUUUCCGUACUCUUUCCGGCCACUGCAGUACCCGCCGCGACCUAAUCCGUCCAAGCUUCCAUCGCCGUUUUCUUCUUCCAAUUCCAUAUCUGGUAACAGCAAUAAUCCAAACGAAGAAAUGAACUACACGAGCAAUUAUCAUCUACUCAAUCAUCUACAGCAGCAGCGGAAUAACAGCAUCAAUAUUCCUCUCCAAUUGGGGGCGGCCAUGAAUUUGGGCAAUCUGAGUGGAUUCCUGAGCAGGGAAAGCACCACGUUUGAUGGCGACGGAAGAAGAUGGAAAAGCGGAUCAGAAUUAACAGUGGCGAGGAAUAUCAAUGCUGGCGGAAUUGAAGAACCUCCUGCAGCUGCAGGGAAUCACAACGUGGUGGGAUUCGACGACGGCCGCGGCACUGGUAGAGGAGCGCCGUUGAGUGGUGGCGCCGCCGCAGCCUACAAUUUGAAUACAGCGGAGAAAGGCAUGGACAAUGAUAAUGCAGCUGCAGCAGGCGGCUCCGCCGCCGCCGCCGGCGAAGGUACCGUAGGCUCGUGGAUGUGUACUUCUCAUUGAUUGAUUUUUAUAUACAACAGAUAGAUACAUACACACUAUAUUAUAAUAAUUAUUAUUUUUCAUUAUAUAUUAUUAUUAUUUGGUUUUUUUGGUGUCGUAAAGUAUGAUAAUUACAAUAAUUAUUUUUACAGGAUUGAUUGAUUAUAGUAUAGGGCUUUAUGUAUACAUACAGUUAUAGAUAUACAUACGUACGGAUACGUAUGUAUAGGAAUUCCCCUUUUUUUUUUUUUAAGGGACUGUUUUAUAAUAUUAUAAUUUGGGAUACUUAUUAUAAGUAUUAAUAAUUAGCUUGUGAUUUAUUAAUUAUUUAAUUAAUUCCUUGUAUAUUCCUGAUAAAUUGCAAUCACGUUGCAUUUAUUUU